UCGACCUAAUAGGGUUUGCUGGAUGAUACACACCAAAAGUGAAAGCUCCUAAUAAGUAUCGUAAAAGAUUAGCUCUACGCAUGCGUGUAGGUAAAAGAAGAAUAUCCAUCUGACAGUUCUGUGGAAGGGGUGUCUGAAUUUUGAUGCAUUUGCGAAGAAGCUGAAACUAAUAUUGCAGAAGACCAUGAGAUCCAAGUCGAUAGCGAGAAAGCUUCCCCACGACACAGGUGAUUGUGAUGAAGCCUUUGAACCUGUGGUUAACAAUUCGAGUACCGGCCAUGACACUGAGGAACGUCUCAAUUAUUCUCCUACGGCCUCUCUUGUUAACACAGCAGCAGACGACACCGACCACCCCCCUGUGUACAUACCCGAAGAUAUCCCUAUACCAAAGCAGUUUGAACUCAAAGAAUCCAAGAAAUUCCAAGGUCUUGGUGUCUGGGCGAAGGUUGAUAUCCCUGCAGGGCAGAAAUUUGGACCCUUCACAGGAAUUCUGAAAAACGACCUUGAAAAUUUAUCAUGUGCAUGGGAGAUUGUAGAUGAAGAACACAAUGUUAAAGGCUGGAUCGAUGCCAGUGAACCAGGAACAGGGAACUGGAUGAAGUAUAUACGGAGUACGGAGGAUCGUGAAUCUCGAAAUCUCAUGGCCAUACAGAUCGACAAGCAGGUGUUUUACCGGACAGUGAGAAGUAUUCACGCCGCCGAGGAAAUGUUACUCUACACAACUGAUGCGUUGUAUCCAGAAAAGGGAAUUGAUCAUCAUACUUCUCUGGCCGCUUUCCACGCAAAACUUGACCAAGGAGACCUUAGCUACAAAUGUUCUGAGUGCAAUGAAGUCUUCAGCAAUGCCGUAACAUUGAAGCGCCAUCAAGCUAUGGCCUGCACUAAGCUUGCUCAACAGAUUCAUGACAAUAAUUCUGACCAGUACAGUCGAUCUGAUGAAGACAGCAUAAGCCUCCAUGAUGGAGAUGAUCAUGUAGAACAUGACUCGAUGGAAGGAGAAUUUAAAUGUGAGGAAUGUCCCAGAAGUUUUCAAUGGAGGUCCAACCUUAUCCGUCAUCAGAUAUCCCAUGACUCCGGGAAACGUUACAACUGUGAGAACUGCGAUAAAAUCUUCACUGACCCAAGCAAUCUUCAGCGUCACAUCCGAGCCCAGCAUGUGGGAGCGCGCUGUCAUGCAUGCACUGAAUGUGGGAAAACAUUCGCAACCUCCAGUGGACUAAAACAGCACCAGCAUAUCCACAGCAGUGUAAAGCCAUUUCAGUGUGAAGUUUGCCUUAAAGCCUACACACAGUUCUCCAACCUCUGUCGCCACAAGAGGAUGCACGCCGAUUGUCGCCAGCAGAUCAAAUGUAAAGACUGCGGCCAGGCUUUCUCCACAGUCACUUCACUUAGCAAGCACAAGCGAUUCUGUGAGGGAGCCCUCCGUAACGGUAUGCACAUGCCUUUCUCUGCGGAUAAGAUUUCGCCAAUGAGUUUGCACAACGCUGGAAGUCCUGCCAGCAGUUUAAAUCCAGCUCUACUAAUGGGGAUGUACCGACCGCCUUAUCCAUUCUACCCUCCACUUGGAGCUUCCUACCCCGUGUUCCCUGGAUCUCAUCUUCCAUUUGGAUCACUUAACAACUCACCAAUGUCUCCGUCGAACCCAUCCAAACUUGGUCAUGCCACAAGUCCAGAAGGCAAAGCUUUUAUCCCAAGAGUUUCACCAAGGCCCCUUUCAUCAGAACCAGAGAUGUUAAAGGAAGAGAGGUUCCGAAAGAACUCUGUUGGAUCAGAACCAAGCGACUCUCCCUUGAGUUCAUCAAGUGAACAUGAUGGAAGUUCAGCUUCUGAUGCUGAGAGUGAAAGCAGCGUACGCCGUCAUCAAAAACCCAUCUUAAUGGAAUCUCCAAGACCAGUUGGCUUUCUUCCAGCUAAACUUCAUUCAGAACCUGUCUCGCAGGAGUCACCACGGUCACCACCCACUAGGAGUCCUGUAUUGGAAAAGUCACCCGAGGAACAGGACACUCCAUUUGAUUUGUCAAAAUCAAGUCGGUCUGCCAUGUCCUCACCGGACCUACCUGUACAGCUGAAAGAGAAAUCUUCAGAGACACAUGGCGAACAACCUCUAGACCUUACACAGAAGGUGCCUAAGGAGGUUAGCCCCAUUGACACUAGGAAAACACACAUUUUUGGAGAAAUGAGGUCUGCAUUAGUGACUCCUGAGUCAUCAAAGCUUCACUAUGCAUACCCACAGUUCCCCAAUCAGCUUCUCUAUGAGCAGACCCUGCGGAUGGACAAGGAAAAACUUAGCCAGUGCCUACAAGAAAAUGCUAGGUAUAUGCCAUAUGCAAGGUUUCCUAUUACAAGUUCUCCUUUUAUAAGCUCACCCAUCAGCCCAUAUGGAAUGAAGUCAGAAAACAUGGACAAAACAUUGUCUCCCAUUUUAAAAAUGGAUAAAUUUCCGGAGCAAUUUUCAUAUCCUGCCAACAAACUUAAGGAACGAUACUCCUGUAAAUUCUGCGGAAAAGUUUUCCCAAGGUCAGCGAAUCUGACCCGUCAUCUGAGAACACAUACUGGGGAACAGCCCUACAAAUGUAAAUACUGUGAGCGAUCCUUUAGUAUUUCCUCCAAUCUUCAGCGACAUGUGAGAAAUAUUCACAACAAAGAAAAGCCCUUCAAAUGCCCACUUUGUGACCGCUGCUUUGGUCAGCAGACAAACCUUGACCGUCAUUUGAAGAAACACGAGUCGGAAGGCCCUAAUGUUAUAGACUCUCCUGUCAAUGAACCUGAUCUAGAUGAGAAAGACGAGUCUUACUUCUCGGAGAUUCGUAACUUCAUCGGAAAGGCAACAGAUUCUGGACUCUCCCAUGGAAUUCUGAAUGGAGACAUUCAGCAACAUCCGCUCCUUGAUCAUCAAAUGGAUCGGACCGAUAAACUGGACAUGGCAGAGGAAGAUUCUGACAUUGAAGAAGAAAUAGACAAUAAUGAUGAGCCUCAAAUGAAGAAAAUCUGUCUCAAUCAACAAAUUGUAUCAAAUAAUAAUGAUGAAGGGAAGACAACUCCCAUCCACAAUGGUUUCUACAACAGUGUAGUUGUACCAGAACCCGAGUUUGUAAACCGUUCACCAACUCCGACUCAACUGGCUUGUUCAUCGUGAUUUUAAUGGACAUUGUAAAAAAAGCAUCUUCAUCUAUUUAUAGACCAAACAGACUGUCAUGUGAAAACAUGCGGUAUCUGCAUUUAUAUAUCAUCGUAAUUUAUUUUUUGAAAUUGGCAGUUACAAAGUUUACACUAGUCAUGCUAAUUUUUGAGAUUUUUCUGACAUUUCGAGAUAAAUUCAUUCUAAUUAUAAUUAUGUCUGAUUAUGAAAAUGCUUUUAGUGAUUCCAGAAUAUAUAACGAACAGAUUUAUUUGGAUACAAGUCAUUUUAUUGAGAUGCAAAUCUUGUUAAAAAUAUGGACCAAUUCUAAAACAAAUUCAUUCCAUCAGAAUAUAUUUUGUAAUGUUAAAAUUUCUGAUUUUGAAUCUGUUAUUGUUACGGAUGUCUAGGGGACAUUUUGAUCAGUUGAAUCUUUGUUUGAGCAACAUUCAAUUACAUUCCUGUAUUUUGUUAAAUUUCACAAUUUUUUAAAAAAAGAUUUGUGGUUAAAAGAUGAAAGUCAAUGUUUUUGUUUUCAAAUAUUGAUUCCAUUCCUGGAUAUACUAAGUUGUUGAUAGAGAUUUGUUUAAAAUGAAAACAUUGUUAAGAAUAUAUUUCCGAGUGAAUAUUUUCCUAUUACAUUCAAAAUAUACUUAUCUUCACAUUGACCAGGAUCGGGGGAAAACAUUUUACAUAAAGAGUUAUCUCCCAUUUUGUUACUCUCUAGUGAAGUAAUAUAUUUUACCUGUAAAAAGUCCCAGAGGUAUACUGUUUAAAAACAGAAAUGUAUACAAGUUUAGACAUUUCAGAAAUGUCAUCCAUCAAUGUUCAAAUCUGUUAAAGACAAGAUUGUUAUUUUAAUUAUAGAUACAUGGGCUUAUUACAGGUAAAAAUGCCUAAUGAAAUUCCUUGGUGUCUGCCAGACACGGUUGAAAAAUGAUACAAAAUUGAGAUAUAUGUUUGUAAAUAUAUUCUAAAAGCUGCCAUAUACUUCCCGGACCAGCUGUGAUUUAUAACCCUCCUGCCAUGUGUACAAACUACAUUAAUUUAUAUGUAUAUAAGUGAAUUUGUUGCUUCUAUUUCCCCAACUACAAUAUGAGGGACCAGGUUUAAAUGUUUAUAGAUAAUUUGUGAUUAUUUGUAUAUAAAACACUGUUGAACUGUAUUCUGGGUGUACUCACAAGCUGUUUCAUAAGCAGCUAGCUUUGUUUGCUCCACAGUUUUUGAAACAAUUUUGUAAUCAACGGAUAUAUUUUAUGUUUUUUUAAAGUUACCCUAUCAGGACUACCUUGCAGUCCCCGAUAUACAAGGAGAACUUGAAGAUUAUCAUCAUAUUUUAUUUUUGUUUCCUUUGAUCUUGGGAAAUUGUUAUUAAGUGCUGUUGUCAUGAUAUAUGUAGAUUUUUUUAUUAUAUUUUAAAUUUGCUAUGGUGCUUUUUCAGAAAUUUUUUGCAUGUCUGAUUUUGGCUUAAAUGGUACUUUAAUGAAUAGUUUUUAUUUUAUCAAAUUAAAAAAAUAACCUAUGAUUUCAAGGGAAAUUAAAGAGGUCAUUUUUGUACUUCUUUUUUUUUAUCAAAAGAAAAUUAAAUGUACAAUAUUUAGAAAAUAAUAAUUGAAUAUUUAAUACGAUGAGCAAGUUAGUGGGUUAUUUUGUUUGAUAUUAACACAGUCACCGUUCAUAUUAAAUUGACAAUCAUGAAAUAUUUGAAUCUCAAUCUCGUGCAUUUUAGCAUUCCUAUUUCUGAUUAGAAAAUAUAUAUACAUAUUGGAGCAAAAUUUAAUUUGCUUUCUACAAAGAAAAUGAAAUCCAAUUUAUUAAAGAAAAUACUCAUGACGUAUAAAAUGUUUGAUUUGUAUAUGCUAGCCUGAAUCAAUGACAAGCAUUUGAAGAAUGUGCAUGCAUGAAUGACCACAGAUUCUGGUAUAAUUGUUGAAUCUGACUGUAUUUGCAUAUAGGGCAUAUAUGCAACCAAUCGGAUACUGUCUCGUACUAAAAGCCUUUAAUGAAUGCUUAUAUGUAAUCCAGGUCAUGGUCUGAUGAAUCUUAUUGUAAGUUAUAUUUAAAAAACUAUUCAACGACCAAAUCAAUUUAUGUCGGACAUUGUCCAUAUUCAAUCUUUUCAAACACUGCCUGAUUUGUUGCUGUUGUACAAUCAUAUGGAUUUUUUUUUUUUUUUUUUUUUAAUUAUGUGUUUGUAAUAUUUAUUAAUUAUCAUUUUUGUCCCUCCCUGUUGAUAAAUGAACUUCACACAUUGACUUUUCUCCUAAAUUAAAUUAAAUUUACUAGUUUCUGAUUCGGUCGGUUGCCAUGGCGAUUACCAAUUGUGUGGCUAGAAUACUUUUUCCUGCACGACUGUACCUUUUCACAUGUGUGUAGUGGCCAAACACUUAGAAUUCCAAAGUACAGCAGAACCUUUUUAUACCGACCAGUUACAAGUUACGGCUAAGAAACAUUUGAUAAAUGUUGAUUUUCAUUAUAAUACUGAAGUAAUCCAGGGAUUUGUUUGUGUCAGUAUAGAGGAGUGGUCGGUAAGCAGAGGUUCUGUUGUAUAUAGUAUGGCUGUUUUGUUUGAGUGUGCCUAUAGAGAUGUAUUAUUAUUGUAAAAAUGGAAGAAAAUUCUGUCUCAAGAAGUUGUACACCUAAAUUUUACAAAAAAUAAACUGAAAAAAAAAAAA